GAAAUUACCCAGAGGAAGAUGGCAGCAGAAAAUCACUCCGCGGUGACCGAGUUCAUCCUCGCUGGGCUAACACAGCAGUCAGAGUUCCAGCUGCCCCUCUUCCUCCUCUUCCUAGGAAUCUAUGUGGUCACGGUUGUGGGCAACCUGGGCAUGAUCACACUGAUUGGGCUCAGUUCUCACCUGCACACCCCCAUGUACUACCUCCUCAGCAGCUUGUCCUUCAUUGACCUCUGCCAUUCCACUGUCAUUACCCCCAAAAUGCUGGUGAACUUUCUGACAGAGAAGAACAUCAUCUCCUACUCUGAAUGCAUGGCUCAGCUCUAUUUCUUCCUUGUUUUUGCUAUCUCAGAGUGCCACAUGUUGGCUGCAAUGGCAUAUGACCGCUAUGUUGCCAUUUGUCGCCCAUUGCUUUAUAAUGUCAUCAUGUCCCAUCAGGCCUGUUUCUCCUUGAUUUUAGGAGUGUAUCUUAUAGGCCUGGUUUGUGCAUUUGCUCACACUGGCUGCAUGUUUAGGGUUCAUUUCUGCAAAGUUGAAGUGAUCAACCAUUAUUUCUGUGAUCUCAUUCCCCUCCUAAAGCUCUCCUGCUCUAGUACCCAUGUCAACAGAUUAUUGAUUCUGUGUCUUGGUAUAUUUAACAUUUUUGCCCCCAGCCUGACCAUCCUAAGCUCCUAUAGCUUCAUCAUUGCCAGCAUCCUCCGCAUUCGUUCCAAGGAAGGCAGGUCCAAAGCCUUCAGCACCUGCAGCUCCCACAUCUUAGCUGUUGCUGUUUUCUUUGGCUCUGCAGCCUUCAUGUACCUACAGCCAACAUCAGCCAACUCCAUGGACCAAGGGAAAGUGUCCUCUGUGUUUUAUACCAUCAUUGUGCCCAUGCUGAACCCGCUGAUCUACAGCCUGCGGAAUAAAGAUGUCAGUGUUGCCCUGAAGAAAAUGCUAGAGAGAAGAAUAUUAUUCUGA